UAUUCUGCCGCGUGGUUUUUCAUGACAAAAAAAUGUGGUAAAAAUCGUUUGCCUUGUUUAAUUGGAUUUAAAUGAUAGUAUGGUUUAAUUACGUUGAUGUUUUGCUUCAUUAUACGAUUACAAAAUUUUCUGUUCAUUGACAUUGCUUUUUAACAAGUUCAUAAGAUUUCAUAGUUCUGUGAAAUUUGCUGACGUUUUUGAUUUGGAAAAAGUCUAGACCUGUUAUAUCUUAAUAGGUUUGAUCUAUCCUGUUAUUACAAUUUUACAGAUUUAAAGAAAAAAUAGCAAUGGCAAGAUUUAUGCAGAAAUUUAGUUGGGAUUUACAGCAAAAAGCCUUUAAACUUUCCAAAUGUAGCAGUUGCAAUGUUGAAUUUUUUUCGAAAGUAUACCUUCGACAUUCCUCAAGAAAAAGCAAGUACAGGCCUGUGAGGUUAGCUUAUGAGAUUUUCGAGCCAAAAGGUGGUUCAAAUGAUCGUCUAUCACCUUUAAUUUUCCUACACGGAAUUACUUCUUCUAAGGAAGAAACGUGGGGUGACCUUCCACAAGUGAUAGCAGAUCAAACAAAAAGAAAAGCUUACAACUUGGAUGCAAGGAAUCAUGGGGACAGUGAAUGGAGCGAUGAGUUUGAUUUUGAUUUAAAUGCCGAAGAUCUUUUGCAUUUCAUCGAUAAGAAGAAUUUUCGAAAGGUAGUGAUUAUCGGCCACAGUAUGGGUGGACUCACUGGCAUUAAAGCGGCACUGAAAGAGCCAGAGAGGAUCGAAAUGUUGUUUGUUGAGGAAAAAUUCACCAAGAAAGUUCCCCAAGCCUUCAUGGACGAUGCUCUCAGAUACAUGAACAUAUGGAAAGAAGCAGAAAAGUUCAUUCCUCCAGGUUUGAAUAAAGAGGAAGCUGACGCUUUCAUCACAGAGUACGUGAUGCGGAAAUUACACCCGCAAAAUAAACCUCAAGAUAGCCGUCAAAGUCGACAAGACCUUUCUUAUCCUUUGGAAAAGGAUUAUUCUGGUCAUUACUUCUUCAAAGCUAAUUUGGAAGUCGUCCUCGAGAAGAUGAAAAAUGCAGAUGCAAUGAUGGUUGAGAAUGAAGGAAUCUAUGAAGGCCCUGCCUAUUUUAUAUAUGCAACGAAAUCUCAGUAUCAAGUGGGCAAGGAGAAGCAUCACAUACUGAAACAUUUCCCGAAAGCUAUUUUCAUACCAUUCGAAGGAUCCAAGCACUUCGUUCACAAGGCCUAUCCGGAUCUGUUCGUGGAAACGGUUGUUAAAUUCAUCAAACAAAAUGAGAAAAAUGAGUGAUGUUUUUCACUGCGUUGAAGGAGUGUUAUAUUAUUCCGAGGAUACGGUUACCAAGCAUUUUCAAAAUUAGCUGGAAGUUUGUUUGUUGAAGUGUUCAGUGAAACAAUCUUUACAAACACACAAAGAUAAAUAAUAAAUGUUGUAUUAUUGUGAAUUUAUUGCAAUUUUGGAUUAAGAUUAAAUAAAAUCUUUAUUUUUUUUAC